AAAGAACCUACCUGCUAGCAAGUCUAUGGACUCUGGAAUUCUGCCAGACUACAGUUACAGAGUGGAUUAUCCAGAGAUGGGGCAAUGUGUAAUCAUAAACAAUAAGAACUUCCACAGACAGACCGGGAUGUUGCCCCGUUCGGGUACAGACGUGGAUGCUGCAAGCGUCAGAGAAGUUUUUAUGAAGUUGGGAUAUAAAAUAAAGAUCAACAAUGAUCUUUCAUGUGAGGACAUUUUUAACCUACUGAAAAAUGUUUCUGAGGAAGAUCACAGCAAGCGAAGCAGUUUUGUUUGCGUGUUGCUGAGCCAUGGUGAUGACGGAUUCAUCUAUGGUACAGAUGGCCCUCUUGAACUGAAAGCACUGACGAGCCUUUUCAGAGGGGACAGGUGCAGAAGUUUAGCAGGAAAACCCAAGCUCUUUUUCAUUCAGGCUUGUAGAGGAACAGAAUUAGAUUCUGGUAUUGAGGCAGACAGUGGAUCUGAAGAAACCGUGUGUCAAAAAAUACCUGUAGAAGCAGACUUCCUGUAUGCCUAUUCCACAGCUCCAGGCUACUACUCCUGGAGGAAUUCAGCUGAAGGCUCCUGGUUUAUUCAGUCACUGUGUAAAAUGCUGAAGGAACACGGAAGGAAACUUGAACUCAUGCAGAUUUUAACUCGUGUAAAUCGCAGAGUGGCAGAGUACGAGUCCUGCUCAACUCGGCAGGAUUUUAAUGCCAAGAAACAGAUUCCGUGCAUUGUCUCUAUGCUCACCAAAGAGUUUUACUUCCCUUGCUAAAAGAAUUUCACCUUGGAAUUUUUCAGUUCCUGUUUUUCUCUGUAAUUUAUAUGCAACGUUAGUAUGGAAUACCACUUUUAAAUCGGAAUUACCGUUCACUGCUGCGUGUGGCAUAAUGAACUGUCUCAGAGUUAGGUGUGUCUGUUAUUAGAAGUAAAAACAUAGUGUGGCUAUGUUAGAAAUGCA